AUGCCAACAGGGGAGGACGCAGACUCUUUGACGGAGAAAGCCCAGUGGUGGUUGGUGCUGAGCGCAAUUCGAGUCAAGUAUGGGGCACCCUCGUUGUUUGCAGCAGCUUCUUCCCACGCACCGAAGACACCUGUCAGCGGAGGAGUGGCUGCAGGUUCAAGUGGGACGAAGCUCAAGCUAAAGAUGAGUCAGAUCAUUGAGGGCACAAUUUGUUGUGACAGAGGGAGACAACCCACUCGAGAAGGAGGAGGUGACAGAUGGUCAAUUGAGCUGCCUAUACCACAAGCUGCAGUCUGGCCAACCUCCCUUUGUGGAUAUGGGAGUGUGGGGGACCACACGGACAGGAUAGCCCAUGCCAUGCGAUUCGUCUCACAGCAGUGGCGGGACGGGCAGUGGAAGGCAGUUGAAUUGCCCGGAGCAGCCAACUUGGAUGCAUGGGAGGAGUCGUGGAGGAUCUUUCGCACGGGGGCACUCAUGCUACAGUUGGCCACAGCUGCCACGUUGGACAGGUACGCCUCGGAGUUCAGGACACGGGUGUUGCAACAUCCUGGCGUCACGUUGAAGCACAGGUCAGCCAUGGAACUCCGUGAUCCGGGCAAGCGCAUCACACUCCGAAUUUUGGUCAAGAGAGUUCGAGAAACCGGCAAUGCUCUAUGUGAUGAACUGAUCGAAAUCAGACGACAUCGAAAGGAGGUUGACUUUGCUGCGGGAGCUGCCAGCUGGCCAAGGAGGGGAACACCCGUGGGGAUAGCCAAUGAGAUCCCAGAAGGCGGGGUCUUUCCAAAGGUGGACGAUGAAACCACCUGGCAGGAGGGAGACAAGCUGGAUUCUUUGGCAGAGCUCGAAGGGGCCCUAAACAACCACAAGUUGUAUGAGGAGGAGCGAGAAGCUGCGGACGCCUUGUUCCAGAAGGAAGUCGACAAGGGCUUCGUGCAUUGGGCCAAGGACAAAACAGACUUAGAGCCCAUUAGUUUGGGGGAGGAUGGCAGCAUUGAUUGCAAGAUCAACACAAGCAUUGUUUCAUUCAAGCCGUUGUCGGUUACAGAUUUUGUUGAAGACCCCUUGAUUGUUGCAAGAGCUACUGAUGGACAGUUGAACAGUAUCUACAAUGUUGUUUUGCUAUGGUGGCUCACUCUGGGCCUGAAGGUGGCCUGGUCAAAGGGAGCCCUUGGGCCAGAAGCAGAGUGGAUAGGCGCCAAACUAGUGGUCAAUGACCGCGAAGGCUUCGUGAGGGUCAUGGUGGCUGCAUCGAAGCUCGAGGAGUGGAGAGUGCUCCUGGAACGAUUGGACACGAGACCAGUGGUGGGACGAAAACCGUUGCAACAGUUCACUGGCAAGAUGUCUUGGGCUGCAGGAUUCAUCGCAACUCAACCCUUCGUCCGGAUGCUGUAUGCCGCUAUGGCAUCCCAGCCUGGGAAGUUGCGAGGACAGGAGCAGGUUUAUCACAAAAUGAAGGUCUGGAGCGCACAGUCUACGCCCACAGCCGGCACCACUGCAGGAGACCCGGGCUCACAGGCCUUAUGGGAGGCAUACAUGAUGCUGCGAUGCCUUUCGACUUGGGUGAAGCGUGAAGAUCAGGGCUUCAUCCGAAUCCGAGGAGAUGCGCAAGAAGUCUUGGCAGCGUUGGCGAAGAGGGCGGCAAAGUCGCCUUUGUUGAACGAGGUGACAAAAGAGGCAGCACUUCAUCUUGCUGUCCACUUCACUUCGUUGGAAGCGUUGCACCUGUGGAGCGAACAGAACGAAUGGGCUGAUGCCCUUUCCCGGGGCCAGAUGCCCGUAGAACUAUCUCACCUGCCGAGGGUGGAGCAAGCGCCUGAGCUGUGGCACGAGAAGAAAAGCAAUGAGGGGGAGCGGUUGUUCUCACAUUGCGGCAUCUUGAAGGGGCCAACCGAGGGAGGCUGCUGCACUGCCGAGUUGGGCAGCACCAGUGGGGGGAAGAAGCCCUGGAACAAGAGCAAGAUGAAGCGCGAGAUGAAUGAAGGCCACUUUGGAGAUCUUGUCCCAGUGGACCCGGGGCGAGAGACCGAGGCCUCGUCUCCACACCCAAACCGAGAGAGAUCGGUGAAGCUGCAAGGUACGAGCAGGAUCCCGCAGAGGGGCUCAUUCUCCUCGACGUCAAGUCACGACCAUUGCUGA